AUGGAUAAUGUUGCUAAAGGACACGGGCACUACAAAAUUUCUCCCAGCCCAGCCCUUCUUCUAAGUCCUGAUUCAUCGCCGGUGACCGCUGCCUAUAGAUCAAAGCCCAGCAUCCCUCCGAUAUGUCAUCCUCUGUCGUAACGGGUGCUUCCUCUUCUUGCUCAGCUGCUUAUGCAAGAAACCUCUCCUUCAAAUCCAACUCCUCAAUUCCAUCUGCAAAUGCAAAGCUGCUAACUCCCCACUCCCAGAAAUCCAGCAUCCAAGGGCUUUCGCUUCAAGAGGCCAAAUGGGGAGUUUCAACUUCUUUCAUGGCUGAGAUCAGUAUUGCUAGUACCGGCAGAAAAGAAAGAAGAGGUCUUGAGAUUACAGCAAGAACUGCUGGGGCUUCAAGGACCAUCGAGGUUGAAGUAGACAAACCGCUGGGCCUAACCUUGGGUCAAAAGUCGGGUGGUGGUGUGGUCAUCGCGGGAGUAGAAGGUGGGGGCAACGCUGCAAGAGCAGGGCUCAAGGUUGGCGACCAGGUCCUCUACACAAGCAGCUUCUUUGGGGAUGAACUUUGGCCUGCUGAUAAGCUUGGAUUUACCAAAACCGCUCUUCAGGCGAAGCAAGAUUCCGUCUACUUUGUAAUCAGCAGAGGAGCUGAUGUGGACGUCAAAAGACUGCAGAAGCGGCCAGCACCACCUCGAUUUGGACGGAAGUUAACCGACGCUCAGAAGGAUCGAGCAACUCAUAUAUGUCUCGACUGCGGGUACAUAUACACCUUAACGAAACCUUUCGACGAGCAGCCGGAUGAUUAUGCAUGCCCACAAUGCAGAGCGCCGAAGAAGAGGUUUGCGAGGUAUGACGUGACUACCGGAAAAGCGGUCGGCGGAGGGCUGCCUAUUGGUGUUAUCCUUGGGCUUAUAGCCGGCAUAGGCGGUGUUGGAGCAUUAUUGGCGUAUGGACUCCAAUAAAAGACGGGGAUUUUUUCUGUCACUUUUAGUUAUAUACUCCUAUUUUUUUGUAAAGGAAAAAGAUUUAUCCGACCCUCUUCCCCCCCUCGCUCCCUGCCUGACGAUUUGUUGUGGAAUCGAUUUGGUGCGUGUAUCAUUUGAAGCAGACAGCUGAAAGGCAUGCUGUGUAAAACAAUUUACUACCACUAUUAGUGACUCAAGAAGAGCAAAAUUUUUUCUCUUGAUUUAAA